UCAAUCUUGGAUGAAGCGCAAGAUCCAAGAAGAGGGAGAUGCAUCUGGGAGCUCCGAGCUCAGCAGGGAGGAUUCCGACGAUCGCUCCACCUCGAGAAUGGAUUCCGGCGAAGCGAUCGCGUCCGAAGAGUCUAGCUCUGUGGGAUUCGUUACUUCUCCCACAUUCUCAUCGCUUUUCUCAGUCACGCCUAGUUUCUCUUCGGGAGUUUCGGUUGCCUCGCUACAACAAGAAAAGAAAGCGUAUCGACGGCACCGGAGAAGAUUGGCGAGGAUCGUGACUGAGCAGUGGAAAUACGCUGCUCGAUCGAGAAUUCUAGCUUUGAAAGUGUGGAGGAUCUGGGAAGCUCGCGCUCAAUGGUAACAAAAGCACAUAGCAGAACUUUAAAACUCGGACCAAAUGAAUCACUCUAAUAAUCAGCACUGGAAAGCAGGCUAAGAAACCAAACCCUGUAGGAAUGCGUUUCUUCACUGGAGGGACGCUGCCAAAGAAAACGCAGCCAUAGCCAGGAAUGUGGAGCUGUUAUUUCCGAUAUGUCUGUCCCGAAGACAUUUUAGACCAUGGAGGAACUUCGUCAGACGCCGGAAAAGGCUUCGAGCUUGUCAGAUUUAUUUCUCUCAGUCAUGGUCAGCCAGGAAGACAAGGAACAUAAUGUUCUCAUGGCGCGAGUACGCUGAUACUCGUCUCAUGCAUCAGAAACAUAUGUGCACGGCCAUUCAUUACCAUAUGAUUUCAUCGCUGUCAAGGUGUUUCAGUGACUGGAAAAUGGCUCGUCAGGAAAAGCAAAAGAAGGAGUUCUACAAAAAAGUCGCUUAUGCUAAGUGGAACUUUAGCCGACAGAGAUUCGCCUUGCGAGCAUGGAAUUGUUUCCUGGUACUGAAGCACGAGAAGGCAUCGAUAACCGAGGCACGGCGGCUUAAAAAUUUAUCAAUGUGUUUCCAUUUUUGGUACUCGACACGGAAAUCUCUUUCUGUCUCAGAUUCAGAAAGCGAAAGUUCCGUGGAUUCCCUGCUUGAAAAAGACACGCUUUUUCUUGUUGUGGACAGCCAUUUCAAGAGGAAAAAACAGAGGCACAUCUUAUGUGCUUGGUCGAAACUAGCAAAGUCACGUUCUUCAUCCAAGCUAACCAUCGACACGUUCUAUCGCGACAAAGUACUAUUUAAUAUCCUGCAUGAAUCCCUGCAAUGCUGGAUAAAGUAUCAUUUCUCUAUCAAGUUUCGACGAGCGCAACAAAAUAAGGCAGUGAGGUACUGGACGUUUUACAGGCUACGAAGCUGCAUGAGAUGGUGGCUGCGGUACAAAACGUCGAAAGCUUCCAAACAAAGGUGUAAAAGCUUAGCAACGAAGCACUGGGAGUCUGGCACUGCGAUGAACUCCUUGUACCGGUGGAUAGAUUAUUGUUACUGGAACAAGUCGCGCCAAGAGAAACAGGGAUUGGCUUCUAGACAGUGGAGGGGCUUUAGAUUGAAAGGGAUAUUUCACAGGUGGAUGGAAUUCAGCUCGGCUUCAAAGAGAAAGAGAGAUAUGAUAGACAAAGCAAGGGAUGGACGGGUUGAACUGGUUAUUAGGAAGGGAUUAUCUGCUUGGAUAAGUUUUGUCCGAGGACGCAAAAGGAGAAAGAUGGCAAUGGAAAAACAAUGUGAGGAGCUCAUGGAGUUACUGGAUUCGUCGAGGCUAGCCAACACAUGGAAGCUCUGGCAAAGGUUUGUACGAGAUGGUGUAACAAAGAGUCGCAAGUACGAGAAGGCCGAGAUUUUCUGUAGAGAGCACAGUGCUCGAGCUGUUCUCCGCGCGUGGCACAAUCUACAAGCGCCAUUAUCGUCCAAGCAUCAAGCCGGAGUUUUCUACACCAAACUUCUCCAAAGACUCGCAUUCCUGGGAUGGUUUCAAGUCCAAAAGUCGAAGAGUUCAGUCAGGAAGUCCCAAAGCCUGAGUCCACAGCAGCAGCAAGACCACGCAGUGAAAGUGCCGGACUUAUCUCGAUCUAGAGAGACCACUGGAACGGAGCUGCUAGAACAGUUUGAAAACGAUUCCAAAGGCAUGAAGAAUGGACGCUUGCGUCCACCUCCUCGAAGGCCUGCCCUGCCACUCACCGACGUAAGACACUCCUUACUCUCACAGUCUCCAGCUUUCGAUUCUUCCAGCUUGUCCGCACAAUCUGGGACCCGGGACUACUUGCCUUCUUUCUCACUCCCAACCAGACCGGACGAUAGCGAUCCAUACCUCUUGCUCCAAAAGCGACUCAACAAGGACUCCAAGGAACUUCUCACCAGGACAGCGACGGCAACAGCACCUUCUCUGGAGUUUCUUGACUCCUCCGAGACCGAGUUCUCACACGUUAUCGCGGACGAAGUUGCGUGGAUGGACCAUCUUCUCGCCGGCUUCGAGGACUUGAGAGCCGAGCUGGUUGAAAAGAGAGCGGAGCUUGCGCUGGUGCUGGAAAGGAACGGGUCAGGAUCCAGGGACAAGGCACAGCUUUUGACGCAGAAAAUCUCAAUGCUCCAACAGCGCCGGGCUAUACUUUUGCCAACAAUCCAGGCAGUGGCAUCUGUGGUGCCGGGCCUUCGUCUGCGAGCUCGCAAAGUCACGUCCUCUUCCAUGGAGAGCUCCAGCAACUUCCGAAAGUGAGGAGGAAGAAGACGAUCGAGGGGAGGAAGAAAUGAAGAUUGAGAAGAUCGAGAUAAGAGGAAAACGAUGAAUGAAUCUACACUUUAAUCGGUUACUCCAUUUCAUUCGAUUCGGGAUCCAGGGACAAAAGAGAAAUCUCUCUUUUACCCAUCUCUCGAAUGCAAAAGCAGUCGAUCUGAUGGAGAGAUCGAAAGAGUCAAGAAAAAGUACGGUGCGUAUACGUAGUCCUUUUUCCUACAAACGACGUACGCGUGUUUAAUCCUGGGUUUGAGCAAAUCUAAGCACGUGUCUCGCAAGCUUCGCAUCCAACGGCUGCGAUUGGCUCCAUCUCCAGGAUCCAACGGUGGACUGCCCAUUAUUAAUAAGUAUCUUAGGGCAAAGUGGGCCAGUGCGUCUUCUCUGUCACAACAGCAAGCACAGCUUUUUUUCCCUCUUUUUCCUCUUCGCUUGUCCGAUCCGAUCUCUCGAUCGCCAUUUCUCUCAA